UGGGGGUCUGCCCCGGCCCCCACGAGGGAGCUGUGACCAUGGCAGCCUGCGGCUGCAGUGAUGUUUUCCAGUAUGAAACAGACAAAGUCAUCCGAAUCCAGAGCAUGAACUACGGCACCGUCAAGUGGUUCCUCCACAUGCUUGUCUUCUCCUACGUGAGCUUUGCACUGGUGAAGGACAAGCGGUACCAAGAGAAGGAGCCAGUCAUCAGCUCCGUGCACACCAAGGUGAAAGGGCUGGCAGAGGUGAAGGAACAAGCGGACAGCCGGAUCUUCGACACCGUGGACUACACCUUCCCCAUGCAGGGGAACUCCUUCUUCGUGAUGACAAACUUUCUCAAGACUGAAGACCAAAAGCAGAAGGUGUGCGCUGAGUACCCCACCAGGGCGACCAUCUGUUCCUCUGACGAGAAUUGUGCAAAGGGGUGGAUGAGCCCGCAGAGCAAAGGCAUCCAGACGGGGAAAUGCGUGAAGUAUAAUCAUUCCCUGAAGACCUGUGAGAUCAAGGCCUGGUGUCCCAUCGAGGCCCAGGAAGCCGCCCCUCGGCCCGCACUCUUGAGCAGAGCUGAAAACUUCACUGUGUUCAUCAAAAACAACAUCCACUUUCCUGGCCACAACUAUACCACGAGAAACAUCUUCCCAGGGCUAAACACCACGUGCACUUUUCACAAGACCAAGAACCCACUGUGUCCCGUUUUCCGACUGGGAGACAUCUUCCAGGAAACAGGCGACAACUUUUCGGAGGUGGCCAUUCAGGGAGGAAUCAUGGGCAUCGAGAUCUCCUGGGACUGCAACCUGGACAGCUGGUUCCAUCACUGCCGGCCGCAAUACAGCUUCCGCCGCCUCGACAACAAGAGCAGCGAGUCCUUGUACCCGGGCUACAACUUCAGAUACGCCAAGUACUACAAGACAGACAAUAAUGAAACACGCACUCUGCUGAAGGUCUUCGGGAUCCGUUUUGACAUCUUGGUUUUUGGCACCGGAGGAAAAUUUAACAUCAUCCAGCUGGUUGUGUACAUCGGCUCAACCCUCUCCUACUUUGGCUUGGCCACAUUCUUCAUUGAUUUCCUCAUCAACACUUACUCAAACGGGUGGUGCAGAACACAAGUGUACCCCCUGUGCAAGUGCUGCAAGCCCUGCAACGUCAACGAGUACUACUAUGACAGGAAGUGCGAGACCAUCGUGGAGCCAAAGCCGACAUUAAAAUAUGUGUCCUUUGUGGAUGAGGCCCAUAUCUGGAUGGUGGACAAGCAGCUACUUGGGAAACAUCUGCAAGAUGCCAAAGGGAAAAAAGUUUCUAGACCCCUGACGGAAUUCAAAUACUUGUCCAGCCUGGCUCAUUCGGUCCACACCCUGAGCCCCCCGCCCGGACAGCCAGAGGAGAUAGAGCUGCUCAGUGAGGUGACCGCCACCUCCACGGGCAGCCCUGACUGGUGCCAGUGCGGGAACUGCCUCCCCUCCCGGCUUGGCAAGGACCGGAGGUGCCUGGAGGAGCUGUGCUGCCGCAAAGGGCCGGGACCCUGCAUCACCACCUCAGAGCUGUUCCGGAAGCUAGUCCUGGACAGAGACACCCUGCGCUUCCUCCUGCUCUACCAGGAGCCCCUGCUGGCGCUGGACGCUGGCGACACCAACAGGCAGCUGCGGCACUGCGCCUACAGGAGCUACGCCAUCUGGCGCUUUGGCUCCUGGGACCUGGCCAACUUUGCCAUCCUGCCCAGCUGCUGCCGCUGGAGGAUCCGGAGGGAGUUCCCCAAGAGCAACAGCGAGUACAGCGGCUUCCAGAGCCCCUACUGACGGGGCUGGGCGUCGUCGCAGCACCACCUCUGCUUGUGCCUUGAGCUUCACCUGCAAAGAUCUGCGGCCAAAUUUUCUGCCAAAGGGAAAAGUGCUCUCCCCUCCCGGAGCUCUGGAUGUGUUGGAGGGCAGAGGGCCUGAGUGAAACACCAAAUUAGAAGCCUCAUGUGGAUGGAGAGCAAGAGGCUCACAUUUAUGUCUCAGCUGAGAAUUAUUUCAGUUGCGCCAGAUUCGUGUCCCAGUGCUGGGAGGCUGGGUGGCGACCUGCCCUCAUUAUGAACUUUCUUGUCAACGCACAGAGAGCUGCAUGGUGCAAAGCCCCCCACUAUACGGUCAGACCAGGCUAAGACCCACUGUGAACAGACCCUCUGGGCGCUGGCUGGACAACACAGAGGGUUGAAAGUAGCCGCAGAUUCUCUGCCGCUCGUCCCUCACUCAGGACUUGAGGCUCGUCUCCUCCUGCUGCAUCUGGGCGGCUCUGAUCUCUCUCUCCAGACUGGACGUGGUGUUGGGUCUUGGCCUCAGGAUCUGGCCGCUUCCACUUCCUGCUCGUGGGCCCCUUGCUGGGAAGGAAGCCAGUGUCAUGGCAAGACCCCACUGGGGCGCUGACGCCUGACCCACCCCAGCUUUCAAAAGCCACCCUUGCCGACAUCAGACGAGGGCGAGAAGAGGCCUUCAGGGGACUGCCGAGACACCCCAAGUGGGAGCUGCCCACUGAACCCACAGAAUGAAGUCAUUGUUGUAAGCCACUAAGUUUUGGGCUGUCACCCAGUCAUAGAGAACUGGCAGAGAACAGCCUUGACCUCUGGCCACCGACUCAGCCCACACCUUCCCCAUUUCUGUGGUUCUAGGGACGCUGCCAUCCCCGGAGUCCCUCAGGUGCUCAAGUUUUUACUCAGUAUUUCCAGGACCAAACCUGGUAACUCCAGCAGCCCAGCCCUGGAGCCCUCAAAUCCAACCGGUGGGCCACCCUACACGUUCCGCUCUGCGUCUGUGCUGGGAAGUAAUGGCUGCUGAUGCCCAGAAAAGGCCGUUUCUAGGGCCUUGACAGCCUGCACCUGGCACACAGCCCACAGGCUCCCUGGAACAGGUACGCAAGCUGUUACCACUUCUAUCCAUCACCAGCAAGAAUAUGGAACUGGCCAUGGCUGGCCAUGGCUCCUCACGCAGGUUUCCCGGUCACGGUUCUGACACUAGACUAGCCCGUUCCAGCAGCAGCUAUUUUAAGCUGGAGACCACUCUCCGACACUGCGAUGAUGGCAGGCCUGUGAUCUUUUUGGAGAUGCCCUAAUUUUUACCAUCUUGACACUUAAUGAAACCCUCCACCUCCCACUGUAUUAACAAUGUUAAAAAACAACAAGAUCUUCUCCUUGACCUAGAACUCUGUUUGGCUUUAAACUCAGGAAUCAAAUUAAUGAGGCCAGAUUGGACUUUUAUUUUUACUACCUUUCAGAGAUAUUUUUGAAAAGUGAAUUAUACACGACUUCUUGAGAACUCACAUUUUUACUCCAAGAAUUCCCUGUAAUUAGUACAGAUUUCCACCUCUGAUGUCUUCUUAGCCUUUCUAUCUCCGUUUCUUUUUUUAAUUUGGUGCCUUAUUCCCAGCUUGUUUCUAUCACCUUGGGGAGACCCCAGAUGGAAUCAGGAUCUAGAACAACAAUAACACUGGCUCCACCUACUGCUCUCCUCCACCUUCCCGGAGGAGGCCGGGUGGGAGGGUGAUGUCUGACACCCUACACCAGCGCUUCCUGGUUGUAUUCUUAUUUUUAGCCUACUGCUUGAAAUGUCAUUGCCAAAGGCGUCGCAAGGAGACCCCAUUUUAUGGGAAAGGUUUGUUCUGCCCUGGCACUUGGAGUGCUUCUGCUGCUUCUCUAAGUCAGCGAUCUGCUUUGCUGUUGUAACAGUGGCUAUUCAUGUAGCUGUGCUCUGGGCUCGCACAUCUCCAUUUUAUAAGCCCUUCCUAGCUCUAGCUUGUUCACUAGACUGUUUUGCUUAUUAAAAAGU